GGGAUCAUCUACUAUUUCACUUACUACUUGUGGAGAGCACAAGGUCGACGCACUCCGACAGGUGGCGGUUAUGGUAGUCGCUUCGUGGCCUGGGUUAUCCUAGGCAUAUGCUAUGCGACAUACGCUGCUGCAUGGGACAUUCUCAUGGACUGGUCGCUGAUGCGUCGCCAUGCCAAAUAUCCUCUAUUACGAUCGGAUCUAAUAUAUACAUCCUACGUUCCGCUAUAUUACUUUGCUAUUAUCUCGAACAUCGUCAUUCGUUUUGAAUUCCUCAUGUAUAUCCCCGAACACGGUAUCAACUACGUGAUCAGGACCUUUAUAGCCGCCAUGCUCGAGAUGCUCAGAAGAUGGCAGUGGAACUUCUAUCGUCUAGAGAAUGAACAUGUUGGGAACAUGGAUCAGUAUCGUGUGACAAGGGAGGUUCCCCUACCAUAUUCCUUCGAUGCAUCCCAUGACUCAGACGGAGGGGACGAGGACGAUGAUCUCGACGCACGGCUGAGCAUUUCUAGCAGAUCUUGGCGACGGCGAAACCCACGGACGCCGCUAGUCGAGCCCGUUGAGGAUAGCCAUUGA